GCACAGGCGUUCGGACUCGCUGCUCAGGGAGCCCCUCCGCACCCGCCCGGCUCUCUGCCGGCUCGGUCCGCCGCGGUCGCUGGGCGGGGCGGGGCUGCACUGCUUCCCACCGCGGUUUCGGUUCCCGCAGCUCGGCUCGCUGCGGCCAUGCCGGGUGUGGGAGCGCCGUCCGUGCCCCGCGCCGCCCCCGCCGUGCGGCACCGCCUGCGGCAGUGUGCAGCAUGGAUCCCAGAGGCCAGAGCAGUACUUGACCUGCUGGAGAAAUGUCCAGAGCACCAGAAGAAGGGAGGUUUUCCCGUCGUAGUGUUUGAGGGGCUGGAUGCCACAGGCAAAACCACUGUGGCCACAUCUGUUAGGGACACCCUGAAUGCCGUCCUGCUGAGGUCUCCACCACCUUGCAUCAGCCCGUGGAGGGCAAUAUUUGAUGAUCAGCCAACAUCCAUUAAAAGAGCAUUUUAUGCUGCGGGCAACUACAUUCUUGCUUCCGAAAUAGCAAGAGCAUCCACUCAGGCACCUGUGAUCAUAGACAGAUACUGGCACAGCACAGCUGCCUACACAAUUGCCACUGAAGUAAACAGCAAAGUGCAGGAUCUUCCACCAGCUCACGAUGACGUGUACCAGUGGCCUGAGGAUCUGCUUAAACCUGAUCUUGUUCUUCUCCUGACUGUUGAUCCCGAGGAGCGAGUCCGGAGACUUCAGCGUCGGGGCCUGGAGAAAACUAAGGAGGAAGCCGAGCUGGAAGCUAACAGCUUGUUUCGCCAAAGAGUUGAAGAGUCAUACAGAAGGAUGGUGAAUCCUGCAUGCCAAGAAGUUGAUGCCAGCUCCUCCCUGGAAGAGAUUAUCGAGACAGUGCUGCGGCUAAUUAAACAACACUGUGCUUUGUGAAAGCAACUUCUGUGUAAUCAUACUUACAGGAUACUUUAUAUCGCACUUAAAAGAUAAUUUUUAUUGCCCCCCGAUUUUGUUACCUGCUCUUUCUUCUGUCAACAGUAAUCUGUGCAGGUUAUCUGUUUCACCGUUGCCUGCUGUAUUUGUCUCUAUAUACAAAAUACUACUCGUGUUAUUCAGUGUUCUUAGAAAAGGCACAAACAAACUGUAUUUAUGUACAAAGUAUCUCAGAAUGCUCUCUGAUGCUCUGACAUUUCAGGAUGCUGUCGUGUUGUAUUUUCAUCACCAAGAUAAGCUGUACUUACAUCCGUUGUGUUCCAGAACUCGCUGGACUGCAGCAGGAGCGUUAGGUGUCCAAGGAGAUGCUGAAAUGUCACCAGCAGUAAAACAAUCAUAGAAUUAUAGAAUCACUAGGUAGGAAAAAACCUUUGAAAUCAUGAAGUCCAACCGUACCUGUCCACUACUAAAUCAUAUCCCUAAGCACUUCAUCUACCCAUCUUUUGAACCCCUCCAGGGAUGGGGACUCCACCACCUCUCUGAGCAGCCUCUGCCAGUGCUUGAGAACCCUUUCCAUGAAGAAGCUUUUUCUAUUUUCCAGUCUGAACCUGCCCUAAUGCUGCUUGAGGCCAUUCCCCCUCGUCCUAUCACCUGUCACUUGGGAGAAGAGACCAACACCCACCUUGCCACAACCUCCUUUCAGGCAGUUGUAGAGAGUAAUAAGGUCUCCCUUCAGCCUUCUCUUCUCCAGGCUAAACAACCCCAGGUCCCUCAGCCGCUCCUUGUAACCCUUGUUCUCCAGGCCAUUCCUCAGGUCCAUUCACCUUCUCUGGACACGCUCCAGGACCUCGAUGUCUUUCUCGUAGGGAAGGGCCCAAAACUGAACCCAAGAUUCAGCCUUACCAGUGCUGAGUCCAGGGGCAGAGUCACCUCCCUGCUCCUGCUGGCCACGCUGUCUCUGAUCCAAGCGAAGAUGCCAUUGACCUUCUUGGCCACCUGGGCUCAUGCUCAGCUGCUGCCAACCAACACCCCCAGGUCCUUCUCCGCCAGGCACUUUCCAGCCACUCUUCCCCCAGCCUGGAGCUGCACGUGCAGGACUCGACACUUGGCCUUGUCGAGCCUCAUCCCGUUGGCCUCAACUCGUCCAUCCAGCCUGUCCAGAUCCCUCUGCAGAGCCAAUGAAAUUAUCCUAAGAAUAAAAUUAUCGAAACAUUGAAGAAAAAGAAUCUGGAGACCCAGUGGUGUUUAUUGGAACAGAGGAUAAGCAGCUGCUGCUGUCAUGGGCAUCCUGCAAAAAAUGUGCUGUGAAUGAGGGCCAACAAGCGUCGUGGCCUCUCAGCGGUGAAGUCUAAGUGUGUAACAUAAGCAAAUGGAAUACAAAUUUCAGCAGGUAAUAGGAGAAUGCUGACACGGUAGAAACAGAGGUCUGAGAAGAACCUGGAAUUAAAAACAGUUGAUAGAUGGUUGCUAAAAUAUUUUUCUAUUAAAUGUUUUCUAGAUCUUAUUAAUAGCUUUGUUAAUAAGAAUUUGUGGGGUUUUUUAGAGAAUGUGAAAUGAAAAACUGCAGAAAAUCAGACAAUGGGAAUGACUGCACCUUUUUACUUCACCUUUUCUUUCUUGUGUGGGUUUUGCACAUGUUGAAUGUGAAAACAGGUUACCAUCAAGAGUUCAGCUCUGCAGAGGCUUAAUUUUAUGCACUUUUGUUUCACUAUUGUUGCUCCUAUGUGUAAAACUAAACAUAUGGAUAAGCCUUUGUGCAGUUAGAAAUGAACUAGAGAUCCAGAGAGACCACAGAUAAAAGGUAAAUUUGGUUUAAAUAAAAAUUUUUGCUUACUUUUCUGUGUUAAGCAAGUGCAACUAACAAUUAAUCUGUCCUGAAAAUAUAAACGUACUCAAUACUGCGGUUCUUCUGUCCAAGCUGUGUAUGGAUGAUGGUAGAGUCAUAGAAUCAUAGAAUAGAAGGGACCUUAAAGAUCACCUCAUUCCACCCCAGUGGGACACCUCCCACUGGCUCAGGCUGCCCAAGGCCCAUCCAACCUGGCCUUGGACACCUCUAGGGAUGGGGCAGCCACAGCUUCCCUGGGCAACCUGGGCCAGGGCCUCACCACCCUCAUGGUGAAGAAAUUCUUCCUGAUGUCUAAUGUAGUCGGUGCUAGAUAAAGGGAAUUCACAUGCAGAGGGCAUCACUGCGCGUGGACAACUAGGGCACAAGGAGUGUGUCUGCACAUUGCGUAGCCUUCCCUUUUCCAGUCAGAGAUCGCUUGGGCUGAGG